AUGUCCUUCGUCCGGGCUCUCCAAAUCCCCUACCGCGAGGCGCGGGAUGGGUUUUGGGGAGAGCAGACGUCGACCCUGAACUGGUGCGAGGAGGAUUACAACAUCACGUUCUACUGCGCCGAGCUUGUCAACACACUCACAAACCUUGUCUUUAUGUGGCUCGGCAUCAAGGGCCUUCGUAAUGUCCUGGCAUACAACCACUCCUGGGUGUUCACCCCAGUGUAUUUGGGAUAUCUCACCGUCGGCCUUGGGUCAAUGGCCUUCCACACGACCUUGAAAUAUGAGAUGCAGCUCGCCGAUGAGCUUCCCAUGAUUUACACGGUAUGCAUCAUGGGGUUUGCUGCGUUUAGCUACAGACGGUCCGUCAAGGAGCAGUUGCUGGUUGCUGCUUGCAUGAUCUCAAUAGCCGUCUUUGUCACGGUUUAUUAUCUCCAUGCCAAGAAUCCCGUCUUCCAUCAGGUCGCCUACGGUCUUCUGACGGCAGCUACGAUAUUCAAGGGCUUCUACGUCAUGGAACAUGACCUGCGGCCCGCUCUGCGCAAACGGAAUCCGGCAGAGUGUGAUAAAUACAUGCGUGAGAUGUGGACUCUGGCUUUGACCGGUCUUUUUAUCUUCCUCGCCGGGUUCUUUUUGUGGAACAUGGAUAAUAUCUUCUGCCAGCACCUAACGGCAACUAAGCAGCAGCUCCUCCUUCCAUGGUCCGUCCUUUUGGAAGGUCAUGGAUGGUGGCACGUGUUGACUGGUCUCGCUUAUCACAUGAUUCUGUGGCGUGUCUGGCUCACGCGGUGUCUCGAUGGUAGCGAGAAAGACUUCGUGUUGGACUGGGUGCCUUUGCGCAGCAUACCGCAGGUCCUUGUGCGGGAGAUUGAGUCCCAGGCGAUUGCGGCACAGCAGCAGAUCAGCCUGGUGAGGACACAGAUCGCGGCCAAGCAGCGGGAGAUGCGGCUGGCGCAGCUGACGCGCAGCGAAAUCUCCGCACUACCCAACGAUACGGACGUCUAUGAAGGUGUUGGGAAGAUGUACGAUUCAGCUUUCUCGAAGACUCCACCACGUUCUUCUAUCAUGGCUAACCGAAGGGUGAGCAGGUUCGUGGCGGUGCCGGUGCCGGCGAUGCAGGACAAGCUGGGGGAGCAGAUCAAGACUCUGGAGGGCGAGGUAGAGACGAUGAACAAGAGACUACACUAUCUAGAGACGACUGCGAAGAACAGCCAGGAUCACAUCGAAAAGAUCAUCAAGGGCGGUGGUCAGUCAUAA